UAGGUAUCCAUUUGAGGAAAAGUGUCAUUUGUUUUUGAACUGUUGGAGUGCAAAGUUGUGUAAACAUGCACUACUGGUGAGAGUGAGUUAGAACUUUGGUUGGGUGGAGCUUAAAUCAAGAAGUGACACUAACAGCUGGAGGAUUAGGAUACCAGGGAGAAGCAGCACAGAUUGAAUAGUGGUUUUAAAGGGUAUAGUACUUUAAGUACUGUGCCUUCCUGCAGCAUUUACCGAAAAACUGGAACGGCUUGUCCAAAUGGACCAAGUAUGUGAUGAUGAUCUCUGUUGGCUUCAGCUUGAUGACUUCAGGAUGCUGCUGAUCAAAAACAUCGACCCAUCCAGGAUCACACCUUACCUCCGCCAGUGUCAGGUGAUCAGCGCUGAAGACGAAGAGCAGCUCUUCAAUGAUCCAACCCUUGUCCUCAGGAGACGAAAAGUUGGGUUCCUGCUGGACAUCCUGCAGAAGACAGGUGUGAAAGGCUACACUGCCUUUCUGGAGAGUCUUGAACUGGAUUAUCCCAAACUUUACAGUCGCAUUACUGGAAAGGAGCCCAACAAGACCUUCAGCAUCCUCAUCGAUACAGCAGGUGAAUCUGGGUUGACUCAGUUCUUGAUGUCGGAGCUUAGCCACUUACAGAGGGCACUGCAGGAGGAGAGAAGGCGGCGCCAGCAGGCCUGCUCAGCUGCGAAGGACCAGGUUGGCAGAAGACCCAGGCUAAAAGAUCGUGAGCUCAUGAAGUUGACUGAAAGUCUCCAGAAGAUGCAAAGUGAACGGGAGUACCUCACUGAGGAGGUGAAGCACCUUCGGGAUCACAACUACAGCCUGAUGACCAACAUCAACGCCCUGAACCAGGAGAAGAGCAACGCCUUACUGGCUAACAGAGAUCUGCAAAUAGAGGUGGAACGUCUGAAGCACACGGUGAUGAGAGUGGAAAAUCAGACCCAAAUGCUGAAGCGAAGGACACUGAGAACUCUGCCAGAGAGCCCGUCAAUGCCCAAUGAGCCCGUGUUACAACCCAAGGAAGAACCAAAGGAGGAAAAGCCGAAGGAGACUCGUGCUCUGAAGCAGGACAACAUGGCUCCUAUGAACCUCGUCACCACAAUGUUUAGACUGAGGAGGGAGCUGCACAUGGCAGAGGAGCACAAAGCCAGGAGUCUGGAAGAAAAGGAGGAACUACAGCUGCUUUGUGCUCAGCUGGAAGGAGAUGUCAAGAUGUACUGUCAACAGAGCAAGCAAACUCUGCGACAACUGGAGGAAGUGAUCCAAGAGAGAGACAAGGCUCUGGCUUUGCAGGUGCAGCAGCAUGAAGAGGUGAGGCGUCUCAUGCAGGAGAAAGAUCAGUAUAGGGCGCGUGUCCGAGAGCUCACAGAAAAAUCGGACAAGCUGGAGCUUGUCUUGCUUAGGUCAAAGGGAGAAGAGCUAAAACUGAGGACGCGCCUUCGCAAGAUUACGCUCAACUCUCACCAGAGUGAAAAGAGUGCAAGCAGCGAGGAAACGGAGGAGCCCAGAGAAAGGAGUCCUAAAGACAGCAGUGAGGUUCAUGACCCAACCUCGCAGAAGGUGUACAGUUCUGCUGUUGGAGGAUCUAAAGAGAGUGAGCAAAGGCCUAACAGUGCGGCAUUAUGGGAGAAGAAGACAGACAAUCAUCCCACCCAUAAUGGUCGUGAAAACUUUUUUCAUCGCAGUAGGAAGCGAGCCCUGAGAUCAAAGUUCAACGAGUUUGUCCCCGGGAAGCUUGAUGACAACAGCAGCAGCAGCAGCGACAUCACCGAGUCAGAUUGAGACCUUAUGAUAAUAGCUUGGACAGCAUACUUGUAGCUAUUCAUACUGUACUGAUGCUGAGGCUAACCUGAAAUUUAAAUAAACAUCAUGAAAAGAUCUCAAUCACUGUGAAACCGGACACCAGAACCUCCAGUUUGCACUCUCUAAAAUGCUGGAAAUCUGAUAAGUUUAAGAUGCAAGAAAAACGGAAAGAAGUUUUUAGAGUCUGUGCAGAAUCGCUUUUUAGUUAAAUUGAAAUAUUGAAUGCUGUUUGCCACACAAUUUCACUAUAUAGAAAGGAAAAUAAAAUAAAAAAAAAA